GCGCCAGUAUUGAUUGAUUAAUUGUCAAAUUUUUCAUUGAUUUUUAAAUUUCUUUGACCUUUGUGGAUCAUCUGGAUUUUUCAUUCCUUUUUCAUCCAUUUUAUUUUACGUUUAAAUGUAAUUUUUGAAAUCAUUGCUUAGCUUAAUGCUUAGCUUAGCAUUUGGCAACAUUUCGUUCAUGCGUUAAAAUCACUGUCAAUCCAUACAAACUUGUCGCAUUCAUUGUUGACUGAAAUAAUCCAGCUGUUAGGUCGAUUCCGUUUUGUACAUAUCACUUAGUGGGUGUAUAAUUUACAUUCAGUUUGAUUCAUAUUGAAUGAUGCAUUGGUCGGCCGUUUUGUUUAUUGCGGUUUUCAUCGCAACUGUUCAUGGAACACCACCAAAUUUACAUACUCGAACUCAUCAAGUACAUGAACAUAAUCAGGAAAGAAUCAACGAUGCCUUUGAAUCACAUCUUCAACAUUCAUCGAUGAAUGAUGUUGAUGAUCAUGAACUUGAUCAUGAAGCCAUAUUAGGUAGCCGCCAAAAAGCACAAGAAUUUGAUAAUCUAUCCGCAGAUGAAUCAAAACGUCGUCUAAGAAAGUUGGUCGAAACUGGUAUCGAUGCCAAUCGUGAUGGAUUUGUUGAUCAUGAUGAACUACAAGCUUGGGUAUUGAAAUCUUUCAAAAAUUUAGCCAUGGAAGAAGGUGAAGAACGAUUGGAUGAAGAAGAUAUGAAUGGUGAUAAAUUCGUUACUUGGGAUGAACAUUUAAAAGGAGCAUUCGAUUUUGAUGAUGAUCUCAAGAUCAGUGAUGCUGUCGAAAAUGAAUUGCUUGAAGAAGAUAAAGUCUUGUGGAAAGCUGCUGAUGUCAAUAAUGAUAAUCGUUUGGAUGCCAAAGAAUUUGCUGCCUUCAAUAAUCCUGAAGAAUUUGAACAUAUGUUCGAAACAUUAGUUGGACAAAUGUUUGAACGUCGUGAUCAUAACAAAGAUGGUUUUAUUGAUUUCAAAGAAUUUAUCAGUGAUGAGAAUCGAAACAUUCCCGAUUCUAAAUCCGAACAUUAUAUAUCGGAAAAGGAUAAAUUUGAAAAUGAAUACGAUCAGAAUCAUGAUGGUCGAUUAGAUUUUAAUGAAUGUAUUAAUUGGAUCAUACCGAACAAUACUGAAAUUGCAUUGAACGAAUCUUUACAUCUUAUUUCAAUGGCCGAUACAAAUCAUGACAAUAAAUUAUCUAUCGAUGAAAUUGUCGAUAAUCAUGAUGUAUUUGUCGGUAGUGAAGCUACCGAUUUUGGACAACAAUUACAUACACAUGUUAAUGAUGAAUUAUGAAAAAAAACAAGAUUUUCAUUCUUGUUUUUUUCCUGAAUUGAGUGAAUAAUUUUUUUUUCUUCAUAAAUUUUCUUAAUUUACAUAUAAAACUAUUCAUUAUAUCAAAUGAAAUGAUUAUAAUUAUUGAAAUUUGUUGGUUUUUAUUUUGACUGAAAGAAUUAGUUCAAUUGAAAGAAAGAAAAAACAUAAUAAAUUGUUAUAUGGAUAUAGAAUGAUUGAUAGAAAAAAAUGACAAUCAAAAAAAAAAAAUAAACAGUGGUUGAUUUGAUCACAUACGAUGUUCGGAAAUAACGCCAUUAAUAAUCAUCGAAUCAAUAAGUUCCUUGUGAAUGGAAAAUAUUUUAUCAAUAUGUUUUUCA